AUGGAGAGAAUAUGGGGAGAUAACAAAAACCCUAUCUUGAAGGAGAGGGUGGAGGGAAAAGGAAAUGGAGACGAAACGGAAACGGAAACGGACCGGGUAGAUCGGAGGGUUUUUCAUAGAUCUUUGAAAGAGACGAAAAUAAGCUUGAAGGAAACCCAAAAAACCCAUAUCAAAAGCUGGGACACAGUCGCUUGCGUGAAUUGGAUGGAGUCUUACAAAGGUUAUGGCAAGUCCGAUCUUGCUGAAGAACAGGAUUUCCGUCGCAAGGCUCGUAAGCGCUUCCUCAUCAUUCUUGUCUCAACUCUCCUCCUCCUUGCUCUUAUCAUCGGAGCCGUUGCCGGAACUGUUCUUCACAAACGCACCAAUCACAAUAACUCCCCUCAACAACCCCCUUCGUCUCAGCUUUCCUCCGCCCAAUCCAUCAACGCUGUUUGUACCCAGACUCUGUAUCCAGAUUCCUGUUACUCCACCAUCUCCGCCAUGGAUCAUAAAUCCAACACCACCGAUCCUGAACAGCUGUUCAAACUCUCUUUACAGGUCGCUUUGGAUUCCCUCUCCGCCUUGUCUUCCUUGCCCGAGACUUUGAUGAACACAACUGACAACCAGAAUGACAAGCAAGCGUUGGAGGUUUGCCGGACUGUGUUAAGCGACGCCGUUGAUAAUCUCCAUGACUCCAUGUCUUCCAUGGAUGUAAAGUCCGGUGAGAAUGUCUUAUCAGCACACAAAAUCGACGACUUGAGGACAUGGCUGAGCGCCGCCUUGACCAACCAAGAGACUUGUUUGGAUACUCUCCAAGAAAUGGGUUCAACAUUUCUUGUACAAAUCAAGUCCAAAAUGCAGAAUUCAAACGAGUACACAAGCAACAGUCUGGCGAUAGUUUCUAAAAUUUUGGGGAUUCUGGAGAAUCUAAAUAUCCCAAUUCAUAGGAAGUUGUUGGGAUUUCCAAGAUGGGUCGGAGCCGGUGACCGGAGGUUGCUUCAAGAAGAAAGGCCUACACCAAACGUGACGGUGGCUAAGGACGGGAGUGGAGAUGUUUCAACGAUUAACGACGCCAUGGCAAUGGUCCCAAAGAAGAGCAAGAAUCGAUUCGUUAUAUACAUCAAAGAAGGAGAGUAUUUGGAGAAUGUUGUUUUGGACAAGUCAUUCUGGAACGUCAUGGUAUACGGCGACGGCAUGGAUAAAUCCAUUGUUUCCGGCAGCUUAAAUAAAAUCGACGGCGUCGCAACUUUCGACACCGCCACCUUGGGUGUAUCUGGAAAAGGGUUCAUGGCAAUGGACAUGGGUUUCAAGAACACCGCCGGUGCAGCGAAAGAACAGGCGGUGGCGAUGAGGUCGAGUUCAGAUCUUUCCGUUUUCUACAGAUGUUCAUUCGAUGCCUUCCAGGACACCCUUUAUCCUCAUAGCAACCGUCAGUUUUACCGGGAUUGUAGAGUGACCGGCACGGUGGAUUUCAUCUUUGGGAACUCCGCCGUGGUAUUGCAGAACUGCAAGAUUAUGCCGCGGCAGCCAUUGCCGAACCAAUUUGUCACCAUUACGGCUCAAGGAAAGAAAGACCCAAAUGAGAAGUCAGGAAUUUCCAUCCAGAAAUGUGAUAUAACCCCACUGGACAAUCUGACAGCUCCGACGUACCUUGGGCGGCCAUGGAAGGAUUACUCAACGACGGUGAUCAUGCAGUCGAGUAUUGGAGGAUUCUUGCAUCCAUUGGGGUGGGCAGAGUGGGAUAAGGGUGUGGAACCACCUUCAUCUAUAUUCUACGCCGAGUACAUGAACAGCGGCCCAGGCUCGGCGGUGGAGAAACGGGUGGAAUGGGGUGGUUAUAAGCCGAGAUUAAGCGGUGCUGAGGCAGCUGAGUUCACCGUGAAGUCUUUGAUCGAUGGCGGAACGUGGUUACCUGAAAGAAAUGUGAUGUUUGACUCCACUUGA